AUGCGAAUACCAGGUGCUAUUAACCGAAAUGUCUUACAGGUGUACGAACCUCAUCCUGUAGUUACUUCAAGAUGCCACCAAACUUUGGAAAGCUAUAAUUUUGAUAAAUGGGAUCAGCAGUUGCCAAAAACCUUGCAGGAACUUUGUGUGAAAGCCAUAGCUAAGAACUGGGCAGAAAAACCUGUACUAAACGAAAUAGUUCUGGCGAUAGACAGAUACUUCCUUCUGGAUAUAUUAGAAACUGAUCUGCCCUUGAAGCUGACGAUUCCCAGGAUUUCCGACGACGUUUAUUGGAAGAGGUGUUACAUAGAAAAAUGGCCUAGACGACUUCCUGUCAAAGUAAGGCCUAUCGAAAUUAAAGAAAUCUUCAGAGACACCGACAUAAGGAGGCUGAGCAGCAUUUCCGAAAAAUCCAGACUAAGGUGUUCAGAGCAAGAACGAAAUAAUUAUGAUCCCGAGAAAAAAACGUGGAAAGAAUACUACAUUGAGAUGUACCUUAAAGAGUACAUAGAGGAUUUGAAGCCGGAAGACUACGAUGCUGAAAAGAUGAAGGAACUAUCAGACUUAUGCUCGGAUUAUGUAAGAGUUCUCAGAAUAGAGCAGAUGCGCUGUUCGGAAAAUUCCUCAAACAGGAUCCCGCUGAAUUCGGUUUUGAGCGGAUUCCGACACCUCAAAGAACUUUCAAUUUGCUUCAAACAGACUUACGUUGGCGAGCAGUUUUCUUGGAAUGUACUAAAUAUAGCUUCCCAGGACAUCAGGCUAUUGGUCAAAGGACUGGUGAAAUUAAGAUUGCACGUGUUAAGGAUCAGAAACUCUGAUAUAAACUGCGAGAAGUUGAUACUGAUACUAAAAGCGCUUUUAAAGCAUGAUAUAAGGGUGCUGGACUUUUAUCACUGUAAAGUAGCCGACAAAGGAGCUUUGGCAACGUCUAAUUUUAUCACGGAAGUGCCUGUCAAAGAAUUAAUUCUAGCGAAUAACAGAAUAGGGUCCAAAGGAAUACAAUACCUAUCGCACGCCCUGCGCCAACCUGUCUGCUCCAUAAGCAAGCUAGAUUUACAUUUGAAUCAACUAACUGAUGAAGCUGGGAAUUUACUUUUGAGCUCGCUAAACCCAAAAACAAUGAAAUCCCUCUUCUUGAGCGGAUGUGGCUUUUCAGGGACCUUAUCCAUAGGACGCCUGCUGAAAGCUAACCCUGCAUUGGAAUUCCUCGACAUUUCCAAUAAUAGAUUGGGUGAGGAAGUUGGUCAAGCCAUUUUAGACGGAUUGAAAUAUAACAGCACUAUAAAAAAACUGGAUCUGAGAAUGUGUAGAAUAUCGACAGAAACCGAGUUUGAAAUUCAGGAAUUGGUCAGUGCCAAAAAG